CAACGACGGUGCUUUCCAUCGCAUGUCUCGAACGACUUGUUGCUCUUUAAAUCAUACUUUCGAGAACAUUACUUAGGAAAAACAUACAUUCAACUCCUGUCCUCGUAGCCUUUCGAUAUGUCUUUACCCAAACGUAUCCUCAAGGAGACUGAACGUCUCAUGGCCGACUCUCCUCCCGGUAUCUCCGCUGCUCCUAAAGAUGACAAUCUCCGACAUUUCGACGUGACUGUUGCCGGUCCCGACUCUUCUCCAUAUGAAGGUGGUGUUUUCAAGCUUGAACUGUUCUUGCCGGAAGAAUAUCCCAUGAAUCCCCCGAAAGUCCGAUUUUUGACCAGGAUAUACCACCCAAAUAUUGACAAGCUCGGCCGAAUCUGUCUUGAUAUCCUCAAAGACAAGUGGUCCCCUGCUCUUCAAAUUCGAACCGUCCUCCUCUCUAUUCAGGCUCUUCUCGGUGCUCCCAACCCCGACGACCCCCUUGCCAAUGAUGUUGCCCAGCACUGGAAGGAGAACCAGAAUGCUGCCAUCGCCCAAGCCAGAGAAUGGACUCGAAAGUAUGCUCAGUAGUAGUGUCUGUAGCUAUUAGAAUGUUUCCUUAGGGACUGGUGUAGACUUCUAAGGUCACAUGUCGAUUGCGAUGGAUGAUUUUUUUUGUAUGGUAGAUUCCUAUUUCUACGUCUUUAAAAGAAUGCGUAAGCUGUUAAGAGUGUCCGAACCCGUAUUAUCAUGAAGCCUUAUUUUUCC